AUGGACAAUAAUGCAGACAACAACGCGAAAACAACAACAAAUUUAGCAAACACAUCAACGCAAGCAAACAAAACAUCAUCGGUGUCGUCGUCUUCGUUAUCAUCCUCCUCCUCAAUUACCCAUCAGCAACAUCAAAUUCAACAAAUAUCCACCACAGCAACAACAAUAACAACAAGUAGCACUAAUUCAUUUUGGAAGAAUAGUAAUAGGGUUGUGCCCGGUCGCCCAAGUCCAAAACGUGACACCAAUUCAUUAUCAUCGGCUAAGGUAGGCGGUGGAGUUGGAGGGGCUGGUCACAGUGGCGGUAUGAUGGCAACCUUUCGUGAUUAUCAAAAUUCGGUUAGUGAUGCCUGGGAUACGGGUGAUGAUGAAUUUUGUAUAAUAUCUAAUGCCACGCAACAACAACAAUUACUUUUAGAUCCCCGAAUAUCACGUCAAGUUUCACAAACAUUGGCUCAAAAUGUUAUUGAAGUUCAUAAAAUGACAACAAAUAAUAGCACAGUAUCAGCGGGUGGUGGUGGUGGCGCAACAUCAACUCAGAAUACAAUGACGUGUAACAACAAUGCGACGACCAAUGAAACUCAUAAUACCGCAAUGGAUAAUUCUGCAAAGAAUGUUGCUGAGAGUAUGACAACAGCAGCAGCAAAACAAAUGCAAAAGGAUUUGAAAUUACAAGAUUCUGAUGACAUAAGACCCCGUAUUCGUCAUAUUCAAGCAUUGCCUGGACGUCCACAAUUACAAAAGUUUACCUCGAAUUCUCAGGACUCCGAAUAUGAAACAAAAAUUGAAAAAUUCCAAGUUUUAUUGGAUUCACCGCUAUUGGAUUUAGUUGCUCUAAAGAAACUAAGCUGGUCCGGUAUUCCUAGAAAGAUGCGUGCCAUAAGUUGGCGUCUAUUGUCAAAAUAUUUACCACCUUCGGGCGAACGUCGUAAUGGUGUUUUAGAAAGUAAACGACAAAAUUAUCAAGACUUAAGACAUAAUUACUUUAGGGUUGAUAGUCCCGAUGAAUCGCAACAGGAUACAUACAGACAGAUCCACAUCGAUGUACCACGUAUGAAUCCCCAAAUAUCGCUCUUCCAACAAAAAUUGGUGCAAGAAAUGUUUGAACGCAUUUUAUUUAUAUGGUCUAUACGGCAUCCGGCAUCGGGUUAUGUUCAAGGCAUUAAUGAUUUGGUGACACCAUUUUUUAUUGUAUUUUUACAAGAGAAUUUACCACCAGGAACUGAUAUCGAAAAAUUCAAUAUGGAAUCAUUAUCGGUUGAAAUUCGUGAUGCCAUUGAAGCGGAUGCCUUUUGGUGUCUAUCGAAAUUUCUCGAUUGUAUACAAGAUAAUUAUAUAUUUGCUCAAUUGGGAAUACAGGAGAAAGUGAAUCAAUUAAAGGAUUUAAUACAAAGAAUAGAUGGUAACCUUCAUCGUCAUUUACAACAACAUGGUGUGGAUUAUUUACAAUUCUCAUUUCGUUGGAUGAAUAACCUAUUAACUCGCGAAUUGCCUCUGCAUUGUACAAUACGUUUAUGGGAUACCUAUUUGGCGGAAUCGGAUGGUUUUGCCUUAUUCCACCUAUAUGUUUGUGCCGCCUUCUUAUUACAUUGGAAAGAACAAUUAAUGCAGCAAGUUGAUUUUCAGGGCCUUUUAUUACUGCUACAAAAUCUGCCUACACACAAUUGGUCUGAUCGUCAAAUCAAUGUCUUAGUUGCUGAAGCAUUUCGCCUGAAGUUCACCUAUGCCGAUGCUCCUAAGCAUUUAGAAGCCAAAAGUUGACAUCAACGCCAAUAUAUGUAUGUGUCCACAUAGAGAAACCGGCAAGAAAAACAAG